AUGUGGUAUUUCGUUAACAAAUGGUUCGUUCGUGUCGAUAGAUAUUUUACUGCAAUUUCGUUUUAUGGUGUUAUACGAUCACCUGUAACCAGUUUCUUGCUAAUUGCCAUUGAAAAAACUCUUCAACUUCGAGUGGCAGUGAAACGAAUCGAUCAGUUUCUCCAAGAAAGUCAACAACAAACAUUAGAACCAGCUGAUACUGACCAGUACCAACAAAAGGGUAAAGUAACUUUGCAAAAUGCCUGUUUCUCGUGGAACAACAAUGAAAUGCAUUUGCCGUCAAUGAAUAUUGAUAUUGAGUCUGGUUCUCUGGUUGGUAUCGUGAGCAAUGUUGGUUCAAGGAAAGCAUCGUUCUUUGCAGCUAUUCUAGGUCAAAUGCAUCUAGUUGAUGGUGAAAUCUUCACAAAUGGAAGUUCUUUCUCCUAUGCAUCUCAAUCACCUUGGAUCUUUGUUGACACAGUGCGUACAAAUAUUAUUCUUGAUCAGCCAUUUGAUAAGCAACGCUACAUGAAUGUCUUACGAGCGUGCUGUCUUAAUGCAGAUCUAGAGUCACUGGGACCGACUGCUGAUCUGACAAUGAUUGGAGAUAAUGGUAUCAACUUGAGUGGAGGGCAAUGUGCACGAAUAUCACUUGCACGAGCUUUAUAUAUCGAUGCUGAUAUUUAUCUUUUCGAUGAUCCCUUGGCUUCUGUCGAUAACAAAGUAGUCAAACAGAUCUAUGAUCAAUCGCUUGGCCCACAUGGAUUGUUGAAAAACAAAACUCGGCUACUGAUCACACAUCAAACGAAAUAUUUGAUUGAUUCAGAUCAAAUACUUUACUUUGAUCAUGGUCUCGUUCGAUGUGAGCUUCCUUCAAACGCAUACCAGGUCGAACUUGAAAAUAUCCCUCUAAUAGAUGAAGAUACCAACAUCAAGCCGGCAACAUUAGCUAAUAUGUUGGAUGUCGAUCAAUCUCAUAUUGAUCAACAAUCAAUCAUUCAAGAUGAAACAUCUAUAAAAAAAAAAAGUACUGUAAAUUGGUCUGUUUGGGCUUACUUAUUUAGUCAAUCGUUUUUCGAUUGGUUUGCUUUUGCUUUUCUUAUUGUACUUAUCUUACCGGGACAAAUCCUAUAUGAAAUAGCGAAUAUUUUACUUGCACUUCUCCUAAACAAGCUCGAGAUGAAUGGAUCACAUAAUCGGUCCACCGCUAGUAUCUACCUUUACAUGAAUUUAGCAAACAUGGUAUUAUCAUUAGUAAGUGCGAUUCUUUUCUUCCGAAUAACCUUGGAUGGAACCAACGCUCUUCAGAAAAAGAUGGUUCAUGCGCUGUUUAAUGCAUCGAUACGAUUUUAUGAAAGUAAUCCACGUGGACGAAUUCUGAAUCGAGCGAGCCGAGAUCAACAAGUAGUCAAUGAAAUAUUACCUGCAACUCUGUUCGAUUCUGUGCAAUCGUUAUUAAUGAGUAUGGGUUCGAUCAUUGUUAUUGGUGUAAUCAAUCCAUGGAUUUUUCCUGUUCUUAUUCCAUUAUUUGAAAUCUAUGUUGUUUUACACCUAUUUAUGCGCGUUCAAAUCAUCAAGUAA